UUAUUAUUUUUUUUGCCACAAUUGUCGCCGAGCUACAUAAUUGUUUAAUAAACAAUUAAUCACUAAUAUAAACAAAAUAGUGCGAAUAGUGCGUGCGAUAUACAAACUAAUUGUAUGUUCUUUCCAUUGAUUCGCUUCCAAUACGUUCGUAAUUUGCAGGCAGACCAACAACAACAAAAAAACAACGAAAACAAUAAUAACAAAAACAAGAGAGGCAAAGCCACAACGCAAAGGAGAUUGAGAUUCGCAACGCAAUCAAAAAAAAUUCCAUAAAACGGAAUAUAACAUACGCUGCCUGAGUGUGUGUGUGUUGUGCGUGUGUGUGCGGAGAGAGAGAAACAGGAAGGGGGCCGCGCGCAUAGCCCAAAGGUGGUUAACAGCAGCAGUAGCUAGAGAAGCAGCAGCAACAAUAACAACAAGAACAAACACAACAACAACACGACAAGCGAGACCUUGAAAACUUUAAAAGAAAUAGCAACAAAAAAAAACUCAAAUUUUAACGAAAAACGCAAACAGAGCCGAGCGCAGAGAGGCAACGGCAACGGCCGCAAAGUUAUGGAGAGUGACAAUUUUCCGCAACGCGCCAAUUAACAAUAAUAAUACUAAUAAUAAUAAAAAUAAUAAUAAUACCAACUAAAACACCAAAUGCAUGGAGAUCAGCGAAUUCGAAUUCGAAUUCGGAAGCCGUGAACACGUAAACGUAAACGUAAGAAUCAAAAUCAAAACAAGCUAACGAUUUACACCCAUAACAAUAGCAGCGCCCACACACACCGCACACACGCACACACACACACACAGAGACACACAUUAGCACUCACACACAUCAUGGCAGCAGUAGUUGCAGCCACAGCGAACAGCGGCAGCGGCUGCGUCGCAGUUAUGACAGCAGCCACAGCCGUCGGGGACAGUGAGACGAACGACGGAAGCGGCGCAUCGAAUGGACGAGAAGCGCGUAAUCUGGCCGAGAAGCAGCGGCGGGAUAAGCUAAAUGCGAGCAUACAGGAGUUGGCCACAAUGGUGCCGCAUGCGGCCGAAUCGACACGGCGUUUGGAUAAGACAGCCGUGCUACGAUUUGCCACCCACGGCCUGCGGCUGCAGUACAUCUUUGGGAAAUCGGCAACGCGUCGUCGACGCCGGCUGAAUAUGAAGUCAGCCGGCGGCGGCGGCGCCACUGGACCAGGAGCUGGCGGAGGCAAUGGCAAUGCUAUUGGCGUUGGCGAAACGCCACUGCUGACGGAUAGGCUGAUGCAGCUGCUCGACAGCUUCUUUCUGACGCUCACAUGCAACGGGCAGAUUGUCCUCGUGUCGGGCAGCGUGGAACAGCUGCUCGGCCACUGCCAAUCGGACCUGUACGGCCAGAAUCUGCUGCAGAUAACCCAUCCUGAUGAUCAGGCGCUGUUGCGUCAACAGCUAAUACCGCGUGACAUCGAGACGCUCUUUUAUCAGCAGCGCCAAUGCCAGCGGCAACGUCGCAGCCAACAGCACACACAGUCGCAGUCGGCCAGCGACGAUGAUGACGACGAUGAAGAUGAUGGUGGAGGUGGAUGUGGAGGUGGAGGUGGGGGCAGAGGCGGCGGCAGUUGUGGGGGAGGCGACGAUGACGAGGAAAUGGAACAACUAGACCAGGACCUAGAACGAACACGCACGCCCAGCCCCCAAACCAUCGCCCAUAUGGCGGCCAUCGAUGAGCGGCUGCGCGCCGAUCGACGCUGCUUCACGAUUCGCCUCGCCCGCGCCUCGACCCGUGCCGAAGCCACGCGUCACUAUGAGAUGGUCAAAAUCGAUGGUUGUUUUCGGCGCAGCGACUCGUCCGUGACGGGUGGCGCGGCCGCCAACUAUCCAAUCGUAUCGCAGCUGAUAAGGCGCUCACGUAAUAAUAAUAUGUUAGCAGCCGCCGCCGCCGCAGCAGCAGCAGCAACAAAUGCAGCAGCAGCGGCAGCGGCGACGACGACAUUAACCGCACCCUGCCUGCCCCAGCACGAUGCCAUUGCACAGGCAGCGCUGCAUGGGAUCAGCGGCAACGACAUCGUCCUGGUGGCCAUGGCGCGAGUGAUGCGCGAGGAGUCAACCUGCCUGAGCCUCAUGUGCCGCCAGCCGGAGCCGUAUCAGCUGGAAUACCGAACGCGGCACCUCAUCGACGGCAGCAUCAUCGACUGUGAUCAGCGCAUUGGCAUCGUGGCGGGCUACAUGAAGGAUGAGGUGCGGAACCUGAGCCCGUUCAGCUUCAUGCAUUUGGACGAUGUACGCUGGGUGAUUGUGGCACUGAGGCAGAUGUACGACUGCAACAGCGACUAUGGCGAGAGUUGCUAUCGUCUGCUAUCGCGAAAUGGACACUUUAUUUACCUGCAGACGAAGGGCUUCCUGGAGAUUGACAAGAACAGCAACAAGGUGCAUUCGUUUCUGUGCGUCAAUACGCUGCUGGACGAGGAGGCCGGCAAGCAGAAGGUGCAGGAGAUGAAGAACAAAUUCUCGACGAUCAUCAAGGCCAACAUACCCACGCACACCAGUCCCGAUCUGCCGGCAUCUCGGGCGCCCCAGCAGCUGGAGCGCAUUGUGCUCUACUUGAUUGAGAAUCUGCAGAAGAGCGCGAAUGGUGGCCAGGCCAAUGGUGGCGCUGCCGAUGCGAAUGGCAAUGGCAGUGCCGACGUUCACAUGGAUGCCGUGGAUGAUAUGUGCUGCAGCAGCAGUUCGCCCGCCUCUAGCCAUGCGACGGGCACAUUCGAUGAGCAGGCGCCGUCCCCUGCACCGCUGGCCCUUGUGCCACCCGCGCCUGGCCAUGUGAAGCACUCGAUAUCGAAGUCGGUGAAUGUGGUGAAUGUGACGUCGGCGCGAAAUCUGCAGUACCAGCAGCAGAAACAGCAGCGGGAGCAACAACUGGAGCUGAAACAGGAGCAGAAGCAGCAGCAGCAGCAACUGCUGGAGCGCAACAUUGUGAACGGCAGUGGAGGCGGCGGCGUCACACGCCAGCUGAGCAUCAGUCUGAGUGAGAGCUCCACGCUGUCGCCGGCUAGUGCCAGCAGCUUGGAGCUGCCGGAUGAUGCCAACAGCAAUACAUCCCCUCCGCCAGCAGCGCGCGUCAGUGUGCUCCAGAGGCUAAUGACGACACCGCCGACGACGACAGCGACAACAACGACAAUGCCGAACACGGUGGCCGCUGAAGCGCCAUCGCCGCCAGCGCAGCUGCGUGCGGUGUUGUCCAAUACGCUGCGCAGCCUGGACACGAAACUGGCGACGCUGGGCGAGGAGGCGCAGCAGCAGAAACAGCAGCAACGACAGUGCAGCGCACUGCCGCCCAAAUACGAGAGGCAAAUGGAUGCCAUAUUGCUGGAGCACCAGAAGCAGAAGCAGCUUCUGGUCAACAUUAAGAGCGAGUACGAUGCGGUCCAUCAUCACACGAUUUCAGUGAUAUCCAAGCAAGCGACAACGACAACACCAACAACAGCGUCCAGUGAGAGUAACGGCAGCAGUAACAGCAGCAGCAGGAGCGGCAGGAGCAACGGCAGCCAAUAGUGGUGGAGAUUCAAAUGUGGCGGCCUGUGCGCUGCAAUGGAUUAGCUACAAUCUUUAAUUUAUUUAGUCUAAAUAGCUCAGUAUUCAGUGCACGGCUGGAGCUUUGGCUACCUAACCGCCCAUCGUCAACCCUCAGACCACUCCAGCUUCCCCUCCCCACACACUGCAGCAUCCAGAUCCCAUUUCAAGACCCAGUGCGAUCAGAGUACAAAAUCAUAUAUAUUGUUUUAAGCGAAAUUUACUCACUAACUAUUAACACGUUUUAACAAGAAACGAAAACAAAAACAAAAAAUCUUAAAUCGAAAAUGAUAAACAACAAACAAAGCUAAAUUAGCACAGUAAAAGGCAAAUAAAAUUGGGUACAGAGAGAGAAAGAGAGAGUGAGAGAGAGAAAGAGAGAGGGAGAAGAGUCAGGAGAAGCGCAGAGAACAGCGCGAUUUUAGCUUUAUUCUGUUGUUACAAUUGAACAAUAAUCAAAACGGAAAAAAAUAUGAAAAAUAACGAAAAUGAUAUCCAAAACUAUCGAAACAAGAAUUCAAUUGCGAAUGCCUCAUUAAUUAAUACUCAAUUAUAUAAUACAAUAGUUGUUAUUCAAUUACAAAUCCGUCAGGCGGCACUGGAGCAUUUCUCUGCUGAGCACUGAGCUAUAAGGCACACAUACACACACACACACACACACAUAGAGAGACACUGAGUUAAUAUUUGCAAAGUUAGUUGGAAACAAUUCGGAAGAUAGAAGAUAAUUAAUUUAUUUAUACAUAGUUUUUCGGAUAUUUUUGAAGACCAGCAUCAUUAUGGUAUGUGUGUAUCUACGUAUACUUAACAUUUCAUUUAUACAUAUUUAUAUAUGAAUGAGUAAGACCCCCCCCCUGGGCAACCCCUACAGCUCCAUACCCGCGUAACAUCCACCAAGUUCUGUUCAGUUUCGUUAAACAUUGUUUGCGCUCGACUCGAUUUCCAAUGCGAUUUCGACUUCCGAUACAAGGCUCGAAGUCCCGUUAGAGUGUGUUCGUUCGGUUUGCCUUAUCAGUUAGCACAUUUUAUUUAGCGAAAUUUUUGCGUAGCUAUUAUUAAACAUAAUUAAUUUUGUAGUAUUUUAUAACACCAGUUCUUCUUUUCUUGUAAAUUUGUUUUCCUUCAGUUCGUUCGUUCGUUCGUUUGUUUUAUAUCUUUUAUUUUGUUUGUUGCGUAGCCUAAUUUUUAACUGUAAUUUAAGAAAUUUGUGAAAUUUUGUUUGAUUUUUUUUUUAUAUAUAUAUAUUUUAUUAAUCGAGUUGUGCUCUUAAAACACUUUUGGGUUAUACAUGCGUAAUACGUAUAUAUAUAAUAUAUAUAUAUAUAUGUAUAUAAUAUAUAGUAUAUAUAUAUAAUUAUAUAUGCAGAUGAAGAAAAAAUGUUUUGUGUUCUUGCGUUUGUUGUCUAGACUUUUUGUACAAGUUAAUAUUUAAAACAACCAAUAAUAUUGAUAAUAAUGCGUUACAAAUGUUAGCAAUUAAAAACAUAGCGUGUAAUCUAUUAAUAUAAACAACAACAAUAAUUCAUAAUGAACGAGUAACGUUAAUAAUAAAGUAAACAAUAAUA